AUGGCUGCCAUAAACCAAAUGGUUUAUAAUUUCAAUGAUGAACAAUUACGACCACCACCACAAUUACAACAACAAAAAAAUAAAAAACGAGAAUCAGCAGGGAUAAAUCAUGCUCAACAAAAACGUCCACACCAAGCAACAAAAAAAUUAACAUCAAGAUGCCUUUCACAAUUAAUAAUAACGGACGAUGACGACAGUGAUGCAGAUCAUCCUCCCACAAGAAAAACAAAUAACAACUUCACAGCUGCUAGUAUACUGGAAACACCAUCUUCAAUAACAAUUCUCAAAACACCAAAAUUAACUGGGACAAAACUCCUUCAUACAAAUACCACUAUUAAAAACAAUGAUGACGAUACUGAUGUUGAACAGAUAUAUGUACCGUUGGAAGAUCCUGAGAUGGAACAACCAGAUGAUAAAAAAACGUUUGAGACAACAAUCAUGUUUACAAAUCCCACUACUGGUGUUGAUGUGGAUUUAUUGAAAGUUGAUGGUGUAAAAUCAAAAAUGAAUUUAUACGUGACAGCAUUAAUUGAAUUUAUAUUUACAAAACAACAACUAGUUGAUUUAAACCCAUUACAAGCAAAACAAGAUCAUCGAUAG